AUGACGAACGACCUUAAAAACUUCCGUAAACUUUCCAAUGACGAGCUGGCAAGGCUGCACGAAGGUUCAGGUAAAGAGCUCAAUUUACCCUUCAGCAUGUCAGAUGAAACCAUCGUUGCAUGUCGCAGAAUCAUUAUAGGAAGCUUCAACGAAUUCGCAUUUGAUUCAAACCAGUUAUUUUCCUUCAAGCUGUAUUAUAUACCUAUCGUCACUUAUAGCAACUUGACAAAACCAAAACUUCCCUUAAUACCUCCUCUUCCUUCAAAUAUCCUGGCCUUAUUUCACCUUCCAUUCCUCUUCUUUCUAAAAACUCAAAACUCUGAAAGCACUUGCUACGAAACCCAACACAAAAUUGCCCACGCCUCGGUAUGCGGCGAUACUUGGAUAUUCCAAAGACAUACCAAAGGCUUGUACAAAAAUGAGUUAUCAUACGUAUGUGCACGUGAAAACCUGCUUGAGGAGUCGUUGAGUCUUGUCGCAUCACAGCUUAAUUUGACGGUAAACCCGAAAACAUCGAACUCAGAGUACAACACCAGUGGUAUCGCUACUUUGCGUAGUCGCAGCCCGGAAAAAAUUUCAUCUCCUUUGAACAAAGAUGGAAAUAUCAAAUGGAACCACCCUCAAUCCGUGGGCGAAAAGAUUGUUAUGAACUUGUUUUCCAACCUUGGAUUGGGCAAGCCUGAGGCUGUACGGAGACUACGCUUUGUACUGCUAUAA